GAGACCUGAUAGAGUGUUCUCGAAGCGUCGGCCUCGCUUUCUCCUCAACGAAGCAAUCGAACGAAACAUGAAUUGCUUGCAGAUGUAUGAUUGUGGGGCUGUCCAGAUGAACUCGCUCCACUUUAAUUCGCGAGCACAGCUUCGAGUCGAUGAUUUUUUCGCUCGCUGCGGGUGUCAAUAAAAGGGGCACGGCUCUUCCGCUUUUGAUUGCCACACUACCCAAAUCUACUUUGCUGCUGCAAACAAAGCUAAAUCGGGGCUCAUAUUCAAAGUUUCCCCUGGUUCGUCCUGUCUGUCAGUCAAAAAGGACACUGAAAAGCCCAUACGGACGCCAACUUCGUACGGAUGUCCUGCGCCAAAGUCGCAACUAUG